AUGUCUCGGGGAAGAGGCAGUGCAUCUUCAGUUAUAGUUAUGGUCACUUUGAUUUCACUACUAUGCCUGUUGGUUAUGGUGGAACGCCAUAGUCCUGCAGCAAAAACACACAUCGUUGGAGGACCUGGGGGAUGGACCUUCAACACUGAUACUUGGCCCAUUGGACAAAAGUUUUUACAUGAUGAUGUGCUAAUCUUCAACUACGACCCAACGACCCACAAUGUGGUUGCCGUGGACAGCACUGGAUACAGCAACUGCAAGACGUCGCCGGCGAAUGCUAAAGUUUACAGUUCAGGGAAUGACCAAAUCAGGGUAUACAGAGGGAUGAACUGCUUCAUAUGCAACUUUACUGGUCACUGUGAAUCUGGGAUGAAGCUUGCCAUCAAUGCAGUAUUAAGAUAGAAUAGUUAAUGGUCAAUUAACCAAGAGUUUCUCUUUAAUUAUCCCAAAAUAAUAGUAUUAGUGUUUGAUCAUGU